AUGAGGGAAGCUGAUGAAGACCUUUGUGUUCCACUUGAAAUUACAAAGAGGCAGGAGCUUGAGAUUGAUCAAAGAAAGUAUCAUGAAGUACUAAAAGAGGCAGACGAGGACAAAGGUAUACCAAUUGUGGCAGGAAGAAGUAAGACAACAGAUGAGGAGCAAUAUCAUCCGAUAUUGAAGAAGGCAGAUAAAGACCUCUGUGUGCCUACUACAUCUAAGGUGCCAGUGAUUAAAAAGAGUAAAACAAAAAUAUCGAACUCUAAAGGCAAAUUCAAAAGUGGAAAAGUCCAUAUGGCUCAGGUGUUAAAACCUAACUGUUCCCUUGUGGGUAAAAGUCUUAUUCCUAUAAUAUUGAGAGUUAAAGCCGCAGACGCUGACGUAGAUGUCGUAGAGUUGUCCCGGUUUAAGAAGGACGAACCCCUGGAGAGUUUUUCUAAAGCUGCGUUGAUAGCGGAAUUUGAGAAAUUGACGGGUGAAUCAGCUAAGGAUGUAUCAACUCUGUGUGGAAAGAAUGAUUCUAUUGAGAAUGUGAGAUUACUUGUGCAUGAGAGCAUCAUUUUGGCCAAUUCUUUGGGGGCUAGAGGUCAGAGGUUGAGCAGUCAAAACACUUCACCAACAGAAACGCCAGCGGCUAAAGGAAGUGGUACUAAAGCUGUCCCUGGUGAACCAUGUACUAAUCAGCAGCUGCAAGCCAUGAGGCAGGAUUUAGAUGAAUUAAAGAACAAAUCAAAAGAUAUACAGGUAGAUGAAGCACUAUCUUAUGUUAGGACAUUGGCAGCAAGACCAAAACUUACAACACCGGGAGUAUUGCUUGCGGCCAUCGAAAUGUUGGUUGAUGCAGCUAACAAAGCGAAUCAUAAAGACUGUUCAUUAUUUUCAAAAUCCUUUGCCAUGUGUAAAAAAUUUGAAGAUCAUGUUGAUUUUUGUGGGCUUGUGUUAAAAUUGUUUGGUUCCCAGGAGGACAAGAAGAUUUCCUCCUUAAUUUCAGACUGGGCAAAAUCUAAGAAAUACGAGGAACCAUCAGGGUCAAAGGAGAGGCAGGAAAAAUUAGAUGCACCCCCUGCUUCAGCUUCUGGAUUUCCAUUUCCUGGAUAUGGGUUUCAAAAUCCAGGCAAAACUCUUGGAAAGGGGAAGGUGAAUGAAUUUUCCAUCUUGAGAUUUGAUGAUACUUUGAUUUGUCCUGUUGAAGCCCUGGAAAGUGCACCUGGUGUUGGUGAAAGUGCUGGGGCUGGUGUAACAACUGGUGUUGGUGAAGGUACCUGGUCUGGUGUUCCCGCCUGUAUUAAUAUGCAAAUGAAAUAUAAGUUGUUAUCUUAA